CUCAGUCCUUUGUGAAUUCAGGAGGUAGGUGAUGGCGUCGAGAACCAUUGCGGUUAUCAUCGUGACCGUGAUAUUAGCAGCCACGUUAAUUAGUGCUGAUGAGAGCGGAGAAGGAAACGGCGAAAAGAGCAAGCGCGAAAAGCAAUGCCAACCGGCAGAGAAACCUGAAGAGCUGCCGGAAGACAUACCGGAAGGAACACCACAAGCUUCCUCUGGAACAAAUGCCCAAGAAAACCACCAAGAAGAACCAGGCGAAGAAAAGGCAGCAAAAACAGACGUUGAUAUUGCAACGUUCUAUGCAGCUGGCGAGCACAUUUGGAUAUUAGGAUUAAGCGGAUCGCAAUACCCCUGCAUGCUCGACGUCGUUCAAGAGACAAAUGAGACUUUUACUUCCUUUAUGAGGCUCAUUCAAAAGGAACAUUUCAGCUUACAAAGCAAGGACCUCCUUGGAAAAGUUACCAAGAAGCCUACGGCAGGAAACACAUACAACGCCAUGGAAGUAUCGCUCGCGCGUCCGAGCUCACGCCACCUUGCGAUAACCGGAUCCUGGAACAGCUCGGAGAUAAUGCUGUACGAAAGCAUCGACAAGAAGUGCGCUCUGUUUUCCGCCACGUACUACGAGCGACCUAGCAUGCUUCCUCUUAAAAAACACAAAGAUGUGAUCAAUACGUGUUCCCAAGAACAAAAAGAUGGGAUGAAUACGUGUUCCCAGGGUAUGCCCACACAGUCAGUUGAGUACAAUUUCCGGCUAAAGAAUUCCAUUGGGACACAAGAAAAGGCGCAAGAAUGCAUGCAAGAACUCAUAACUCAAAGGGAGGCACGCGAAGAAAAUGCAGAAGCUAUAGGAAUGCUGCCCAUACUCUCCGACUGCAGGAAAACCCGUCGGAGCCGUGGCUCCAGCAGUUCUGCUUCACAAGAGGAGGACACACAGCCAUAAAAACCACCGAACCAAUCCAAAAGCGAACAAUGCAAGCUAAAAAGACGAUGCGUCACAUAAUAAAGUGCUUCUUAAAAAGAA